CAGCAGCAGAUCCAGGACCAGUCCUCCUCACAGCAGAUCCAGGACCAGUCCUCCUCACAGCAGCAGAUCCAGGACCAGUCCUCCUCACAGCAGAUCCAGGACCAGUCCUCCUCACAGCAGCAGAUCCAGGACUAGUCCUCCUCACAGCAGAUCCAGGACCAGUCCUCCUCACAGCAGCAGAUCCAGGACCAGUCCUCCUCACAGCAGCAGAUCCAGGACUAGUCCUCCUCACAGCAGAUCCAGGACUAGUCCUCCUCACAGCAGAUCCAGGACCAGUCCUCCUCACAGCAGCAGAUCCAGGACCAGUCCUCCUCACAGCAGCAGAUCCAGGACCAGUCCUCCUCACAGCAGCAGAUCCAGGAGGAGGAUGGAGCGUUUGGAGCUGGAGGGAAGGUCCAGGAGGAAGAGGAGGAGGAGGAGGAGGAGCAGAGGUAGCAGCAGUUUGGAGGUCAAAGAGAAUCAGGAUGAAGACGUCCUACGGAAGUUUCAUCCAUCAGCUUUUUGCACAUCGUUCCCCAGACGUGCACCGAGAUGCCUGAAGAGGAAGCUGGUGGACGGAAAGGACCGGCUGCUCUACCGAAGCCACCCGGCCGGUAAGAGGUUCUCCUGGGCCGUGACGCAGAAGAACGCUCUGGUGCAGCUGAACGAGCUGCGACCAGGUCUACGCUACGAGAUCACGUCCAGGACCGGCCCGCUGCACGCCCCGCUGUUCUCUGUAGGAGUGGAGGUCAACGGGGUCCACUUCGAGGGCCGAGGACCAACCAAGAAGCAGGCCAAGCUGAGGGCCGCGGAGCUGGCUCUCCAGUCCUUCAUCCAGUUCCCCAACGCCUCCCAGGCUCAGGCCUCCAUGGGCAGCUUCACCAGCACAGACAAACUGGACUUUACAGGACACAAACUGGAUUUUACAGGAGAUAAACUGGACUUUACAGCAGACAAACUGGACUUUACAGGAGACAAACUGGACUUUACAGGAGACAAACUGGACUUUACAGGAGACAAACUGGAUUUUACAGGACAUAAACUAGAUUUUACAGCAGGCAAACUGGACUUUACAGCAGACAAACUGGACUUUACAGGAGACAAACUGGACUUUACAGCAGACAAACUGGACUUUACAGGAGACAAACUGGAUUUUACAGGACAUAAACUGGAUUUUACAGCAGACAAACUGGACUUUACAGGAGACAAACUGGACUUUACAACAGACAAACUGGAUUUUACAGGAGACAAACUGGAUUUUACAGGAGACAAACUGGAUUUUACAGCAGACAAACUGGAUUUUACAGCAAAUAAACUGGACUUUACAGCAGAUAAACUGGACUUUACAGCAGAUAAACUGGACUUCACAGCAGACAAACUGGACUUUACAGCAGACAAACUGGACUUUACAGCAGACAAACUGGACUUCACAGCAGACAAACUGGACUUUACAGCAGAUAAACUGGACUUUACAGCAGAUAAACUGGACUUUACAGCAGACAAACUGGACUUUACAGCAGACAAACUGGACUUUACAGCAGACAAACUGGACUUUACAAGAGACAAACUGGGCUUUACAGCAGACAAACUGGACUUUACAGCAGAUAAACUGGAUUUUACAGCAGAUAAACUGGAUUUCACAGCAGAUAAACUGGAUUUUGAGCCAUCGCUGUUGGAAAACUGUGACCUCCUGCAGUGCAGCACAGCCAGACAACAGGUCUUCUCCAGCAUUUACAGCCACACACGACUCGUCCGACUCACGCUGGACUUGUUUUCCUCAGCGACUCCUAAAAGACGAGCCGUCAGCGCCUCACUUUUCCAUCAGCUGAGUCCGGUGGCGCUGCUCGGCCAGCUGCGACCGGGACUCAGGUACAUGUGUCUGACGGAGAGGCUCCACGGUCGGCCGGUGAGGAGCUUCGUGAUGGUGCUGAGGCUGGAGGGGAGGGUGUUUGAAGGCUGCAGUCACAGUAAGAGGCUGGCCAAGGCUCAGGCAGCAGCAGCAGCCCUGCAGGAUCUCUACAGCAUCAGUCUGGGACCAGAGAGGAAGCUAGCGGGACCCCAGGCCAGCAGGACCAAAAACCAGCUACCUCAGUUCUUCUCAGAGUCCAUCUUCCACCUGGUCAGAGAAAAGUUCAGGGAGCUGAGCAACGGCAGGUUCUCUACCUCCAGCUCCCCACACAAAGUUCUGGCUGGGAUCGUGAUGACCAGAGGUUUCGACCUCCGAUCGGCCAGCGUCGUGUCUUUGGCCACCGGGACCAAAUGUGUGGACUGUGGACGGCAGGAGGACGACGGCGGCUGGACGCUCAGCGACUGUCAUGCUGAAACCAUCAGCCGGAGGGCGCUGGUUGGAUUCCUGUACAGUCAGCUGGAGCUGCUGCUGCGUAAGCCGGCGGACGGCCAGGAAUCGUCCAUCUUUGUACCAAAUAGAAGCUGCAGCGGCGUCUUCCGGCUGCAGGACGGCGUCCUCUUCCACAUGUUCGUCAGCUCGUCGCCCUGCGGAGACGCUAGACUCAACUGUCCCUACGAGACCAUCGGUGCAUAUCCCAGCAGGAAGUUUCGUUGCCACCUCAGGAUGAAGGUGAACGGAGGCGAGGGGACGCUGCCCGUCUCGGCCAAUCAGAGAUGGGACGGGCUGUCGCCGGGUAAAUGUCUCGUCUCCAUGUCCUGCACAGACAAAAUGGCAAAGUGGAGCGUCGUGGGCCUCCAGGGUUCCCUCCUGUCUCACCUGGUGGAGCCGGUUUACCUGCACAGCCUGACAGUGGGCACGCUCAGUCACACCGGUCACCUGGCCAGAGCCAUGAGGCGUCGCCUGGCAACCGUCAAACACCUGCCGUCGCCAUACCGACGGAGAACGCUGCUGCUCGGCUGUCUGAGCAGCAGGGAGGUUCGUCCAGCAGGGAAGCCGUCCGGCGUCAGCCUCAACUGGAGCUGUGGAGACGGAGGCCUGGAGGAGAUCAGCAGCUCCACGGGGAGGAGGACGGACUCAGGGACGCCGUCACGACUCUGCAGCCGCUCAGUGUUCAUCCGCUGGCUGAAGCUACAGCAGCAGUUAAACGGUUCUUUGCCAGGCGUCACUCUGGCUUCGUAUUGUGCUUCCAAGGCGUCUGCUGGACGCUACCAGAGAGCCAUGCAGCAGUUCAGCAGCGCUCUGCAGGGCGGCGGUCUGGGAACCUGGCUCAGGAAACCUCCCAUGCUCCACAACAUCAGCUGAAUGUGGAGGGAAGAAGCUCACGUAGGGUUUCAUUUACAGAUCAAGUCCAGUCGUAGGCAACAGCGAACACAUUUAAUGAUAAUUUAUACAUGUAAAGAAAGUCUCUGUUGAUCGUAGAGACAGUAAAGCAGCGUUUAUGCUCAUUGGGCUCUGGUUUUACCUCUCCAACAUGUUUCACCUCCUUCUUCUAGAACAACAGAACCAGGAUUAAAACAGGUGAAAAUCAUGACGACUCUGGUCAAGUUGAGAUCUAAACCUGUCGAUAGAAAAGUCUGGAUCAGUUCAGACAGAAUUCAGGAAAUGUGUCUCAGAUCUCGUUCACCGUUCACUGAUUUGUUAUUUGAGGUCCGAAACCACAAACUGUAAAACACGUUGGCUGAAUUUUGAGACUUUCAGGUGUUUUCACAUCUGAGAUAUUUUGUAUUUUUACCCUAAAUAACAUCUUAGAAGCCAUUUAAAGGCUUUAAGAUCUUUAGAAUAAAACUAACAGCCUUGAAAUGUGGUGAGAACAGACAGAAUAGUUUCAUCAGAUCAGAAUGAUUGAAUGGAUCCAGCAGAGGAAACAGUUUAAUUAUUGGUCCUUGAACAUGGAGAAAAGUGCAAAAAUGUAGGAUCCAGGCUGGUCUAGUGUCUCCAUAAAGUUCCUAUCAGUGUAUAUCUAUGGAUGGAUCCAUGUUUCUACUAAAAUCCAGUCUCUGGUCCACAUUUCUCCAACUGUUGAGGCUCUAGCAUCAGUAGAAUCUGAUGUGUUAAAGUCUGACCAGACAAGGUUCCAGUUUUUAGAUGUUUAGACUAAAUGUUGAUGUGGACUGAUUGGUAGGAAACUAAACAAAGUUAUAAGUUGUAAAAGAUCAGAGAAAUUUCACACAAAAAUAAAAAGGACUUUACUGUCUUUACACCAAAAUGCAGAUUUCUUGAUGUACAAAAUUAUCUUUCAAACUGACAAACAGAUCAUUGUGUUUACGUUAAUAUAAGACAUCAAAGUCUCGAGUUUAACCAAAUAUUAUGUUUCUGGCUUCGAAGGGCAAAGAAACGUCGGCUCAGUUCAAAAUGUGAGCUAUGGACCUAGAAUAAGCCUCAUGAUUACUUCUCUGAUGUCAGAAAGUACUUUAAGAAGAUAAAAACAUGCAGUAGAGGUCAAUAAACUGUAGACAAACAUCAAAUUACUAAGAAACUACAGUAAACUCAGUGAUUUCAAAAGCUACACAGUGCAACUGUUUUAUCUUGUGUCAGACGUCUAGACGAGUGUAGAAACCACAUGAACUAAGGAUUCAGUUCCAUUUAUGUUUGCAACAACAGCAUGAGAUUAAAGGGAGGCCUAGAGACACGUCUGAUCUGUUAAUGAACCAUAAGAAAGUUGUCUGGAAGGUUUCAUUUUAUCUUUAUAUCUCCAUCCUGAGCUCUUACACCAAACCAGACAGUAAAAGCUGCUUCUGUCUUCGUAACCAAACCUGAAUGAACCAACGGAGUUCAACCAGAAGAGUUUCCUGGAGUCUCUAAACUCAUUUACGUCCAGCUCUACGUCUGAAUAUUUCAAUCUCACUUUUUUGGUGUUUGUCUCUGAUCAUGUUAAAGGUCUUCUCCUUCGUGUGUUUUGGGAAUCUGAGGCUCAGGACAGUGAGGUGCUGCUGCCACCUAGUGGGAGACGGUUGCGUUACAAGAUGUAGAGUGCUGGUCUGACUUGUGUUUUAUGUUUUCCUCUCAUCGUUAAAGAAUCUCUUUAGUUAAUUUAACUACAGAUAUCCCAAAGAUUAGUUUUCCUGCAUGUCCCGGUGUUUAUGUAAGUGAAUGAGAACUUCAGCUGCUGCUGCUUGAUGCUCUGAACCUUUUAUUGUCACGUCUGCAGGAUGGAUGUGUUCUAUGACCACUGACUGUUUUAAUCACUGCUAAUAAAUGAUCCUAUUUGUGUUA